CAUUUUCUUAAUGGAAUUUUGUUUUGUUCUUUCAGGGAGGUGAGAAGUUGGGUUAUGAGACUGAGGCCUUUGCAAUUUAUGAUGUGAUGAGGUAUGUCAAGACUCCUAUUUUCACUCUUUGUGUUGGUAAUGCUUGGGGAGAAGCAGCAUUGCUUUUGGCUUCAGGUGCAAAGGGAAACCGCUCUGCUUUGCCAUCAUCAACAAUAAUGUUAAGACAGCCAAUUGCAAGGUUUCAAGGUCAAGCAACAGAUGUUAACCUUGCAAGAAUAGAAGUCAAUAAUGUGAAGGCAGAAUUAGUUAAAUUGUAUGCAAAGCAUAUGGAAAAAACACCUGAGCAGAUUGAAAAUGAUAUUCAGCGUCCAAAGUAUUUUAGCCCCAGUGAAGCUGUUGAGUAUGGUAUCAUAGACAAGGUUAUAUACAAUGAUAGGGGGUCUGAGGAUCGUGGAGUUGUUUCUGAUCUUAAAAAGGCACGGCUUAUUUGACAGUUGGGAUUUGAAUUGCAAUUUUCUCGGAGUUCAGUAGAUCAGCUGAAAUGGAAGAAGAUCGGCAGUGAAAUUGGGCAACCAUGCCAAGCAAGUAGAUGUUGUAGUAUGAAUUGUUAAUACCAUAGGACCAUAUUUCUCUUCCCAAAAAUAGGCUGAAGGAUCCAUCACUACUUGUUUUCUAAUAUGUUGUAGACAUGACUGUAUUCUGGUUCAUUCUAAUUCAAAAUGAUUUUAGUAUGUCAGUACCAGCAGAACGAAACUCGAUUACAGUUAAUGCCAAUGUUUAGCAAUUUUGAAGAA